GGCGUGACGUUAGGAAUACCCGUUGUAGAUCUUCGCCUGGAAUAUUGGCCGGAUGAGCUUUAUCCGGACCCACUUUGAACGGACCUGCGCGUGGGUUGCGCAGUCGCCAGAAGAGGGCAUUCGGUUUCUGCCUGGUUAAAGUUGCCCGGGGAUGCAGACGCGCGGCUGAACAACAGCGUUCAAGGAAGGCAACAAAGGUGGAUACUUGGAUAUUGGAUUAUUUUAUCAGUUUUUGCGUUGACUUGUGGGGAAAGCAGCGGGACUUUGCUCUGUGCGCAAUGGGCGGUCCAGACUGAGCAUCCCUCCUGUCAGACGACACCGAGCUUUUGCCCUGCACGGGAGUGCAAUCUAAGGGCUGCUUUUCGGCGAAAAUCGAAUUAUGUUGCGUUAAUUGAGAGGCUCCCCGACGGGGCUCGUGAUGAAUCUUCAGAUGCAUGAAGAGAUUUCCACGGUCGACUUGGAUGGGACUGCGCCUGCUGCAGUGGGCAAUUUUUGUUGUCUCCAACUUGGACACGGCUGUUGUUUUUGCAGCAAAAGCAUGGACGUGGAAUUUUGAAUUUGGAUUUCCAUCAAAUCCAACGAGUCAUCCUAAAAAAAAGAGGUAAUUGUGGUGUGUUGUGCGUUUAUAAAGGCGCAUUUGAACCGGACUGCACACCCAAGUCCAGCAGAGGAAGCGGGGGCAGGUGCGCUCAGACCCGGGCAUUGAAUUAGGACGGUACCUGUGAGUGGACAUGCGGAUCCGAAUCCAUUAACUGGACUUGACAGAUAACGUGGAUAUGGGCUCUGCUCUGCAACGUCGUUGGAUAAUACUCCAACUGCUGAUGCAGGUGUGGCUCGCAGCAAGCCCGGCUCAAACAGAGCGUCCAUGCCCAAAGAGCUGUCGCUGCGAUGGCAAAAUUGUGUACUGUGAGUCAAGUGCAUUCCGUGAUGUCCCCAAGAACCUCUCAGGAGGUUGUGAAGGCCUGUCGUUAAGGUACAACAGCCUCGUCAACCUUCGAGCCGGCCAGUUCGUUGGCCUGAACCACCUCAUCUGGCUCUAUUUAGACCACAAUUACAUCACGGUUGUAGAUGGCAUGGCAUUCCAGGGAGUUCGCAGGCUAAAAGAACUGAUCUUGAGCUCCAACAAGAUCAGUUCGCUUCACAACACCACGUUCCAUCCUGUACCUAAUUUGCGUAACCUUGAUCUGUCAUACAACAAACUGGAAGUCUUGCAGCCAGGCCAGUUUCAAGGACUACGGAAGCUUCUCAGUCUUCACAUCCGCUCUAAUUCACUCAAGAUCCUUCCACUGCGUCUCUUCCAAGACUGCAGGAAUCUUGAGUUUCUUGAUCUGGGUUACAACCGCUUGCGCAGUAUCACUCGGAAUGCACUUUCUGGCCUAGUCAAGCUCACAGAGUUGCACCUGGAACACAAUCAAUUCUCAAAGAUCAAUUUUUCACAUUUUCCUCGUCUCUACAAUUUGCGGGCACUUUAUCUCCAGUGGAAUCGCAUUCGCUCCAUGAGCCAGGGUCUCACCUGGAUUUGGGUUUCCAUCCAAAAACUUGACUUGUCUGGGAACGAUCUAUCAGAACUUGAUGCUGCCAUUUACCAAUAUUUGCCCAACCUACAAACCCUCAAUCUGGACUCCAACAAGUUGACGAAUGUGUCCCAAGAGGCGGUUGAUGCCUGGGUUUCCGUCACUGCAAUUAGCUUGGCUGGGAAUAUUUGGGACUGUGGUCCAGGCAUUUGUCCUCUUGUCUCUUGGCUGAAGAAAUUUCGGGGUGCAAAGGAGACCACUAUGAUAUGUGCCUCUCCAAAGAAAGCCCAAGGUGAGAAAGUGAUGGAUGCUGUUGAAGCUUUUGGGGUUUGCCAGUCCAAUCAAGUGACAACGCUCACCGUUAGCGUUCCCCCCACUCCAGCCAAUGUCUCCGAGCAGUCUGAACAUCACCCAGCCAUUUUGGUUUCACCUACUCGCUCUGGAAAGAGAGCUGAAGGAUCUAUCAGGGGCCCAACUUCAUCAGCGGUUACCGAGCCAGCAGCACUUCCCCCAGAUCAAGAUUUGGAGCCUGUGUCCUUUCAUAAGAUUGUUGCAGGAAGUGUGGCCCUGUUUCUGUCUGUUGCCAUGAUCCUACUGGUGAUCUACGUGUCGUGGAAACGCUAUCCUAGCAGUGUCAAGCAACUGCAGGAGAAUUCCUCGACGGCCCGCAAGCGGCGUAAGAAGUCAAAGGAAACGGAACACACCUUGAGCUCUCCCCUGCAGGAGUACUAUGUGGACUAUAAACCCAACAAUUCAGAGGCCAUGGAUGUUCUCGUCAAUGGGACCGGAACCUGCACUUACACCAUCUCAGGCUCCCGAGAAUGUGAGGUUCCUCAUCAGAUGGGCGCACUGACCUUCUACCGAUACGAGCAGCCGAUCGUAGACUACUGCCAAGCUCAUCAACCCCUGCGGCUAAACAUGGGCUAUGAGGGCCCACCUCAGUGUCUGGAGGGACUCGAAGACCUGGGGCCUUGUGAGAGGGCCACAAUACAGACAGUGGCGCUCCCGGCCGUGCCCGCCGCUGCCACCGUAGGGCCCUCAAUGUCAAGGCCACGUUCACCCCCACCAGCACUCAGGCCGACGACCGAGGCUCCCAGCGGCGGUCUUCCCACUGAGCGCACCGGCACACUUAAAUUUGGACGCUAGCGAGCUGGACGUCAGCCUCUGAUGACUUGUGACUUGAGAAUAAUGGGGCAGCUGAGCUGGUUAUUGACCUCGGGUUUGAAACGUUAGUAAGAAGAAAGGUUUUGGUUUUCAUGUUACACACAAUCUGAGUGAAUACACAGUCCCCCGGGAUAACACGUUAUUUUCCGUAACGCCGAAUUGACGAUGGUCUGGGUCAUAUAAAAAAAGUUUAUUUUUCAAAUUGUGUAUGUUAAUUAUUAUUUUUUUUGCCAUUUCAACAGAACGGGUUGUGUUUUUGCAAGGUUGCGACAGUGCAUGUACUCUGACUGUUGGGACAGAAAGGAGUACAAAAGGCUGUUGAACCAAUUUUGAUCAUUAUUUCAUCUGGAUCAGUCCUCUCUCACAGUGAACGAUUACCGUGAGCUCGUAUCUGCUUUGUUUGACUUUUAAUUUUGGAUGUGCGAUCAAAUUAAUUCUGUCCGUAUACAUAUCAAACCAAAGAGUUACAAAAAACAAAAAUAUUCGUUAAACUGAACAUACGUUGAGGGCAUUUCUUAAAAUAUGAUAAACAAGCAUCUUUGCUAAAUUGUUGCACACAAAACUAAACGUCUGAGGUUUUGUUUGAAACAAAUUGGCAUCGUAAUCAGAUGGUGAUGAGUUGGUGUUCAUCGAGUAGUUAUAGCCUGUAAAACCAUUCCACAGCAACACACUUUAAAUGUACAAGGUCCUGUUAAAAGACUGUCACACCUUUUGUAGAUGCGUAGAGCCCAACAACAACAUGCUGAAUCUGUGAGGAAAGAUGAUUGCCAAGUCAUGUACAUACUGUAUCCGUGAAGAGGUCCGCUGACCACUCUCACUGCCCCAUUUGGAAUCACGACAGACUUUUGAUCAUAAGAGGAAAAUUCGGAGAGCAUCAUCUCUGACCAUGUUUUGCUCCCUGAACCCUAACCCCUACCCCUCCACCCCCGCCAUCACAGAGCAAAGCAGUGCCUCGUGAGGGCAUGUUGAAUCAUCACGUUGACUUGGUCUCAGCCUGUGGAUAAAUUGGGAAUACUGCCUGACAUCUCCCCGGGGUCCAGUACGAGACAUCACGGCGCUCUGUAAACUUUUGGCAAACAUGUCAAGCGUUGCUAUUCACUGACUUGUGGAGCAAGAAAGACUCAAAGCAAACAAUGCACAGGGAUCUUGUCUAUUUUUUGUUUGUUUGCCCCUCCCACCCCCAUUUACAUCCAAGUGAUGAUCCACCUUGGAGAUAUUGGAACUCUUCACCAGAUUAACUAAACAACUGACAUUUGCCACAUGGACUGGCCGUCAAGAUCAGAAACUAGUUCAUUAUUUAUCUUUUAUUUUUUGGCUGUUGUCAUGAACAAAAGAGACACUUUUUAAGGUGUGCAACGAUGAUGUCAAGACAUUCGCUAGCUGUAUCAAGGGUAAAAAAAAAAAAAAAACUAAACAGAGUGUAUUUAUCUUGUAUAUACAAAAUCUUUUCAAACGGCAAGAAAAUAAGACUUUCUGCUGUAACAUCUGAUGGACAGAAAGAGGAGCCUUACUCAUUUUUCCAGUGUGGGAUCUAAGUGUUAGAAAGCUGAAACUGUCCUGCUCCUGUUUCAAUGAUGAAUAUUUUUCUAUUUGCUCCCACUAUUAUUAACCCUGAAGCGUUUUUGUUUUUUUUUCUUUUUCAUCGAAUCAAAAAUAAUGGAAGAACAUUUGCGAGCCCAGUUGUGACAUGUUCAUGCUUGUCUCAUAUCAACGGCCAUAUUCGGGGGUUGUGAGUUUCAUCCCAAAUCAAACGACUGUUUGGAAUUGUACCUGCAUUUCUUUUAGGUGUCAUUACAAAAUGUAAACCCCGAAACAGCAAUUCACAAGGUCUUUACAGUUUCACCCCCCACACCCCCAAAAAAACAAGCGUUUCAGCCUCCCUUGAUGUACAGUACAUUGCAAAAACAAUGCAGUCGAAUCGCUUCCUGCAAUUGCGUCAUCGUGCUGGUGGAGUUUCUUUGGGAAAAGCAGCUCAGCCAAUAAAAUAUUGUAAGAGGAGGGAUCUCAAUUCUGCCCAUACAGUAUUCUGUCUGCCUUGCUCUUUUGAAAUUCCGCUCUCGUUGCUCUGGCGAUAACUGAUUAUUGAUUUAUCCUUGCAUGUUAAUACUUUGGGCUGCAUCUUGUUUGAGGAAAUUGACAGUCGAGAAGAUACCUGUCUGAGAAGAACAUGUUGGGAGCUGAACUGUUUUUUUGAGGGACCGAUUACAGCCCCUGUAGAGUGAUACUCACUGUCUGGCUCAUUAAGCUUAUCGAGUCUCAAGCUGGAUCUUGGUACUUUUGGUGGUAUUGCCUUCUGUGGUUCACUGACAAAAGUACGCUGUCAUAUUGCAACAAAUGACAGCCAUGCUUUACCACUUUAUUCUGAGGCAAUUAAUAAGCAUGGUAGGGAAAAAAAUAUAGCUUUUGGAAAAUUCCUACCUGAGUGGGUCUGCGACAGAUGGGGAAAUACUCCAAUUCUGUUUUUUUUUUUAUGUAUUUUUUUUAUUUUUUAUAUGUACUGGAUCAUGACAGCAACUUUUGUUUUUCCAGAUAAUGACUGGAGGGAUAGUAUUAACAUCUGACAAAUAUGUUUCCAGGUCUAUCUUUUAAAUGAUGUGUGUGAGUGUGUGUGUUUUGAUGUUUUUUUUUUGUCAAAAGAUCAACAUUUUUAAAAUGCCCAAUUCUUCUUAUUGAUAAUUGGCGUUAUUCAUGCUAGUUCACCACAGAAAUAUUUUGUGUAUAGCACUCACUCUCUGAAAAGUAUCCUCGUUUCGAGUAUGUCCUCUGAUAGUCCAGCAAACCAGCCGGUCAAACGUUGAUAACCCCCAAGGCUGAACAAUUAAUUAAGGAAUAAAAAAUUUAAAAAAAUUAAAAACAUUGCAAACAUGAUUUUAAAGUUUGAGUGUUUGAUUAACACCAGAACAAUACGCAUGGUGACGAUUCUAAAUGAAUUUUUCAGUCAACACAAACCAAUACGGACAGGUAAGAAAUUAUCAUAUUUUCCGGAUUAUAAAUCGCUUCGGCUUCAUCCUCUGUGUCACUUUUAAACAACACUGCCAACUCUGGUGGUAGAAGAUGCGGUGCUUCCUCUUCUCCGACACUGACGUCACACUCAUCGUCAAUUUAUCGAGACAGGCCUAUAGCACUCCCUUGCGGUUUAAUGUGAAAAUUAUGUGAAAUGAUAAAAUAAUCUGUUCAUUUCACACAUAAGGCGGCCAAAAUAAAAAAUAAAAAAACUUGUUGUCCGCAAAAUACGGUAUGUACUGUAUAUUGUCUUUCUAAUAUCCCGUCUUUCUAACACCCUCUCCUUAGCACCCUGUGGUCCAUGUUCAGUGUGGUACACACCAUGAUGCCAAACAACAACCUUUUGUGGUUAAACCAUCAUUUUUGUCCAAUCCAGUUUCUUUUCUUCUUUCUUGCUUUCCCAAAAUUCAAUUGGUCCACUAAAAUAAAUCCAUAGGCAAUUUUUCUGUUUUAUUUAUUCAUAUUCUUAUCAGUGCCAAGUUAGUUCAGUGACCGUUGUAGCGUUAUCCUUCUUUAGUAGAACACAAACAAUGUUGUCUUGCUGGGAGUAAUUAUUUUGUUUUUGUUGUUGUUUUUUUAUUUUUUUUUCACCAUUGAGGAGUGGGCUGCAAAGGCUCUGCAUGCUUAAUGAUGCAUGUUCGAGCUGAAGUUCAAGUCUAUCCGCGUAAGGCCGACAACGCCAACAGGUUUUAUUCUGUGUGGACUCCAAUUUUGUUUGUUUAGGAUUUAAUUGCACAGCAAGCUCUCCAACACCCCCUCAUUUCUGCUGGGAGGUUUUUGCUUCUUUUAUUUAUUUAUUUGUAUUGUUGGAUUGUUAUUUAUUUAUUAUUUUCAGGUUUUUCUUUUUUUUUAAAUUUUCAUUUUGCUUGUGGUGGGGUGAGAAAAAAAAGAUGCCUGGAGAUUUGCAGUGAAAAACUUUCACAUUGUUGGGUUUAAGCACCAAGGAAGAGCUAAAUGCAGCAGUAGAGAUCAGUUGGUCCACCAGGAAACACUGUACAUUUGGGAGGACAAACAGAUAAGUGCAAUUACAUUUAUUACUGUGAUGUUACAUGCCUGAACGUCUCGGGCAGGUUUCUUCCCGAUGUAUCAGAAGCAUACCAAGUUCUUCGGCUGAGCGCACAAGCGAAGUGGCAUUCUUGAAUUGCUUGCAUUUUGUAAGACGUUUAAAUACUUAUAUGCAUGCUCAUGUAGCAACAAUUGAAGAGAGACUCACACUUCACGUAAAUGAUUACGACACUGUCAAGAAUGAACUUGGAUUUUUUUCACCCUCUGGCAGCAGAAAGCCUAAAACUUAAGACUAAUCAAGAGUGCACACACACUCUAAAAAAAUACUUAAUAUUCAAUAGCUUUUUGGUGCAUCCAUCAAAUUGAGCUCACCCAAGGCAAUCUGUGACGGCUCGCUGAUUUCUAAUCCAUAACCGACUAGAUUUGAGAAAUUAAUUGCAAGUCAAAUACGGAUUUGGAGCUUUUCCUGCUAUGAUGUGCAUCGGGUCUCUCAUCCGCAAGUCAACGCUGCUCCCUAUUCCCCUUUACAGCACACUGGAGUCAUUUAAUAGAUUUGUAACAAAAUUGUACAGUUCAUGGCACAUUAAAAAAAAAUAUAUAUUUUUUUCUUCUUAUUUAAUGAAUAAUUUGCCCAAGCCCUAGGACUAACACCACAAAUAUAUCUCACAUUGCAAAUGGACAAGACGUAAUGUGUACUUACAAGAAAAGCUGUACUCUGCAUGUAGGAAAAAAUGGGCCUAAGUGUGUGUGAGUGUGUGUGCCCCUACAGCGUCACAUCCUCCUCCACCUUCCUUUCGCCAGUGUCACUACAACUGAUGCUCAUGCCUGCCCGGUCCUCAUUGAUCGUUAUUGUCCAUUACUGUUUCACAUGAGCAGAAGGUCUUUAACCUGUGGCUCAUGUCAUGCCGACACUGUUUUUCUGCCAUGGCUCAUGUCAGAGGGUACGUCCAAUAGCAAGAUGUGAUCAUUAACUUUUGUCGGGGAAACACAUUUUUUCAUUUGCCUGACAAAUCCCGUUUACGCCCCUGAGUGUAUUUAAUGCAAACACCGAAGGAGAUGAGGUUUGAAUGAAAACAAGUGACAGUUUAAUCUCGUGUUUAAUGUGUCAUGACACUGAGAGAGAAAGCAGGCGAGCUGGCAUAAAGUAAGAUUAGAAAAAGAAAUAAAA